AUGGUGACGGAACUCAUGGAAUUUUGUGCCUCGGCUCUUGCUUUGCGCCUUCGCUCCCUGGACGGCGCAGAGUAUUUCGGCGCAAGCGAGGCGGCCCGACACAAAGACAACUCGAUGGGCACGCGCGCGGCGAUGAACGCGUUCAUGGACUUGAACAUGUCGCUCUCCAAAGCUGGUUUGCGCGCUGUUCGUGGCGAUGUGCGCAGUGAGAGUCCACCAUCUGCCGAAGAAAGUGGGGCCUUUGAGGCCGGCCUUGGAGGCAUCGUGUUUGGGGACACCGGGCUGAAGGCUGGCGCGCGCUACCAGGUGGUGAUGAUGACGGAGUUGCUCCAGAGCUUUCACAGCGAGCAUGACUGGCGCAUCUUCGCGGACGCGGAGCCGGAGCCCCAAAUCCAGCCGAAAGAGGCCAAGUACACCAGCGGGGCCACCUUGGGCGACCUCGGCCCAGCCAUCAGCUUGGCGGCCUGUCGAGAGCUCUGCGCGCGCCUGGCGCGCUGCACCGUUGCUAUCUUCCGCCUCAGCUCCGAUCAGCACUGCCUGGCCGCCGACGUCUCUGGUCGCGGUGCGACAGAGACGGCGCUGGCGACGAAGCGGUCGCCGGGGAACGUCACCAUGUUUCUGCUGGACCGGCUCGAGGGAAGAAGUGCUCCCACAACUGUCGCAGCGGACCUCUUCAGCAUGCCCGACAUCGCGAGGCGCUUCGACGUGGCGGAGGCCUCCGCGGCGUCGCUGGCUGCGGUGCCGGUGGCGGAGGCCCUGGACUUCCGCUGGGCGGCGGACGGCUUGAAGGUUCUGGACCCAGAGAAUCUGGUGGCGGACGACCAGCCGCUGCGCCUGGACUCGGAGCUGUGGCUCAGGCUCCGCGCCGCCCACGGCAGCGCCCUGCAGGCCGGUUCCCAGCUCCGCAUCUUCCUGUGGCCAUUGACCCAGUGGGCCCUCGACUCGUCCACCACCGCAACCUGCGUGCCUCACAGCUCCGCAGCAUGUGGCCGCCCAGCGUGUGUUGCGGAGCACCUCGUGACGCGGCCCUUCUUCGGCCAGCGCAAUGUCUUGCACCUGGUGCUACCGGAGAUGGAUCCCAUCACCAACACAGUGAUGCACACGCUUCGCUUCACGGGUGCAAGCUUUUUGCCGGAGGGCGGCUUUAUGCCCAGCCGCUUGGGCGCGGAGCUGGCGCAGGCGGAGGGCGCCUUCGCGGCCCGCGCGGCCUACGCGAGGUCCACGGGGCCGGUGCCCUUCGCGCCGCUCAGCGUGGUCGGAGGCGUGCUGUCCCAUGACUCGGCUGAUCGCGCUUUCGCAGGGGAUGUGCGGCGGGAGAUCUUCCUGCGGUUUCGCCUGGGCUCCGCCCUGUUGAGCAGUGCGAGCCUCCAGGCAGCGCUGACCGUGCAGCUGCCCCCCGGAUUUUCGGUGCGGAGUGCGGAACAGGUCUCUCGGCGUCUGUCUGGCUCGCUGAGCGGUCAGUGGGACUGCUCGCUGAGAUCUUGCACUUUCACGCUGGACUUCUUUGCGCCCAUCUUCGGCUACGUGUCUGCGAAUAUCCUGGUGGACAACCCCUCGACUCCGCUGAAGUUGGACUUUCAAGCGAAUCGCUGGAGCAUCAACAUCUCGGGGCCCGGGGAUGCCAGCGGCUUGGCCCAGCUGCCGGCGCAGAGGAUAGAGCCGCAUUUGCAGGGCCUGCAAGCCGCGCCAGCAGUUCUCGGGCGCUUGAGCUUCGUGAGCCUGGUGCCCACUCGCUUCUGGGGCGCCACAAGCCUGGCACGGGUCUUCUUCCGCACCCAGCAGGGCACCGCCGGGGCCUGGGCCUUGCAGCUCACAGCGCCCGCGAGCUUCGGCUUCACCUCGCCCUGCGCCGUGCAGGACCUUCCGGCAGUAUACUACGAGCCUCGGCAGGGCAUUCUCGGCCCCAGCAGUAGCGUAGAGCAGCUGGUAGUGGACUUUCUCACUCGCCCCUUGCCGCAGGUGACUUCCUGUCUCGGAUUGCGCGUCUCCAGCUUCGUGCAGAACUCCAGCGCCUGGCUGGGGGACUACUACCAGCUGCCCGGGGCGCUCGCGCCGCUGGCCGAGAUCCACUCGGAAGGACCUUUGGGUGAAGCCACGAUGUACGGCUUCAGCAUCCCUCUGCAGCACUCCGGGCUGCCGCGGGGCAGAGGUGUUUGGCAGCUGGCCACCUAUAUGAAGGCGCUGGGUGCUUGGCAUCCCUUGGACCUUGGCGCGGCCACCUUGAGCGCCGUAGAGUCGUCGGCGGAGGCAUCGGAGGUGGCAGAGCUGGCAGCAGAGGCGGCACCGGCGGGGCUUUCGGUGCUGUGCGCGCCGAUGCUGCCCUUUGCGCUCUCAGGGAAGCCAGCGGAAGCGCUUGUUCUGCUUCGGCCUCCGGUCGCGCACGCCUCCAAUUGGCAAAAGGUCUCCUGGAGAGUGUUCGCUCCGCACACCUAUGUCUGGGACUUCAUCGAGCGCAGCUUCUUCUGGAGGCGCGUGGACGUGGCCGGGGCGUCGGCGGAUCUGCCUGUGGCGACGGUACCAGCGCUGCCCAUCCUGGAGCCUUUGAACCGCCUAGUCUUCGAAGGCGAUGAGGAGUCAGACGAGGGCUGGGUCAGCAACCAGACCUACGGCUUCCGCACAACCAUCCAGGUGCCCACGCAAACUGUGCGCCAUGGGGCCAACGACUGGGUGGUGAUCUGGGGCGAUGUGCUCGCGGCGGCGGCAGCUUCCGGUCAGCAGGUUCGCGCGGUGCACGGCUUUCAAGUCAGGCCUACGGCACAAGGUCCGGGGCAGGUGUUGCUGGAGUUCUCCCUGGAGACAGAGGUGCCUCUCGGCGGCCACCUGCAGCUUCACGCGGAAGGCAUGCAGCUCACGAGCUGCCAAGCGGCUGAGCAGUGCGAGCCCUACCAACCGCUUCCCGUCCUGAACUGCACCGGCAACAGCACCAUCUUUAUGCGGCACAGCAGCGCCAUACCGCCUGGCCACUGGUGCUUCAUCCUGGAGGCAUCCUUCACUGAGGACACUACGCCGCUCUUCACAUUGCAAAGCUUCACCUCAGAGACUGAGGUGGGAGACGUGGCGGCCACUGCCUUGGGCUUCCGGGCGACCAGAGCCAUGCCCUUCGCAGAGAUCGUGCACGACGUGGACUACGCCCUCACUGGCCGGGACGACCACCCGGGCCAAGCCUCGCAGAUUGUACUGAGCUUCCAGCUACGGGAAGCGCCUCGGGCUGUUGGAGCCAUUGGCAUCACAGUCGUGGCUCCGCUGGGAUUCAAUUUCCAGAGCAGCUGCGUUGCAAGCAUCGGCUCGGUUAUCUUGGAGAGGGCAGGCACCGGCUUCUUCCUGUUCGAGCCCGGCAUGGAGCUCCUCAGCUGCCGCGGGGCGCGGAACGUGGCAACUCUUCAGGCGACACCGGGCCUGGUGCCUGGGCGAACCUAUGCCUUCUUGUUGCGUGUGGACUCGCAGCCGCAGCAGACCCCGGUGCUGAACCAGUGGUAUCUCACCGUGGCAGACGAGGGCUCCAGCGUCAUGGGCUACCGCCUUUGGGAGUUCACCCACAUGGCCGUGGGCCUGCGUCUGAUCACCGCGGACCAGCGAUCCGAGAACGAGGUGACCAUCCUCUUUCAAGUAACCAAGACGGUCACGAACCAGGGCUUCUUGUCCGUGCGCGCCCCGACGGACUUUCGGAUCGCCCAAGCCUGCGCUGCCUCAGUGCAGCAGCUGGCCUUUGGAAGCGGUUUGGCCAUCUCCCCUUUGGACGUGCCGCUGCCGGGGGUGCUGUGCCGCGGCCAGCACCCGGCCACCAACCGCUUUGAGGUUUACUUCGUCUCGCAGGCAGCUUUGUUGGCUGGAGGCGUGCGAUACCGCCUGGUGGCUUCCGUGUGGAACCCCGUCAGGGUGAGCGCAACUGAGGGGACCUGGACACUGCUCAGCUAUGAGGGCGACUCCUUGCUGGACGUGGGGCGCGUCGCCUCCCCGCGCUUGGCUGUGCCCUUCGCACGCUUCGAGGUGGAGUUGGCGGUGUCUAGCGCCGCACGCCUCCCUGUGACCGUCCACUUAGAGCUUCCAGAGGGCCUUCACGCGACCAACUCGCUCACGGUCCUUGGCCCCCGCAGCUUCCAAUUCCAGGACGACUCUGGUGACUGCAUGAACUUUGAGGACCUGCUGGGCACGUUGCUUUCACCUUCCUGCGAAGGCGAGCAGAUUCGCUUUGCGCUCGCCUCCCUCGCCUCGUCCAUCAGCUUCCGCUGCGACUCCUUUUGGCCCACGCAGUCUUUGACAGGAAGCGAUGCCUUUCUGGCGACGCUGUCGCUGCCAGCUACACAAGUGGCAGGGCGUUGGGAGCUUCCGUCUCCCAUGGCGCCCAGGUUCGGGGAGUUUUCGCUCUACCGCAGCUCCAACAUUUUCGCCGACGCCCUGUCCAGCACGGGAGAUAUCCAGAUCACCUUCCUCCCGCGGCAGGCCGCUGAGGCAGUAGUUCUGGAGUCACUGCUGGAAGGCGGCGGUGGGGGUCUAGACCUCUCCUCCGCGCAUGUGGAGGUGACGGGUCUUGAGGGGGAGGUGGUCAUCUUCCGGCCGGCCACGUGGCGCCUCAUCCUGGCCGCCCGCUUCGAGGCACAGCUCCGCGUGGAACUGCUGCUGCGGGGCUGCGUCAACCCCCAGGUUCCUGGCAGCAUCUAUUGGACCCUGCGGUCCUUUGCGCAGCCGAGGCCAGUGGGCCCUUUGGUCACGGCAGCCCAGGCUGCUGCGGGUCCCAGCGUGGCACGAGCAGCCGCCGGCCAGGCCUGCCACCGCCUGCCCUUGCCGACGAGCUUCCAGGAGAUCGUGCAGUGGCUAGAGCUUGAUUGGGCCGCCCACGGCCGCGAUGAGAUCUCGGAGCCUUGGAUGGGAGUCUUCUUCCCCCGGAAGUCUGGCACGCCCCAAGAAGCUUCGCUGAAGCUCAGGACUUCGAUGCGACCCCGGUGCGCGGCCCGAGGGCCCAGCGCGGGCUUCGGAGGUGUUUUGGUCCAUCCCGAGGUGUGA